AUUUUGUGUUUUCGACAUUUUUGUUCAAGGUUUACUUUUCUUCAGAAACUCGUUUUGCCUUGUUAUGGGUGAUUCAUUAAAUCAUAACGUAUUUUGUCAAUAAAGAAGUCAAACGGAAGUGCUCAAUUUUCAUAUUUCUGCAAAUUAAUUUAUAUUCAACUGAACAAUGAAACGAGGAGGUGGAAAAAAGCCUAACGGCUUAUUCAAUAUUGAUUUCGACACUGGUGUAAAUGCAGAUAUUGAUGAAAAUGAUAGUGAUCUGGAAGCAGAAUUGAUGGCUUUAGCUGGUAACAAUGCUGUCAAAAGACCACAAAGGAAAAAGCCUAUUCCACAAAAAAAUUUUGAUGCAAUGGUAGCAGAAAGCAUGAAGGACGUUCCAUCUGAUGAUGAUAUUUCUGUAGAUGAAAACGAUCCAGAUUUGCUGAGUGAACUGAAUGAAAUUGUUGGAGAAGAUGAAGUUGAAGAUAGUAGUCCACCAGAGGUUGAGCCUCCAAGUGCAGAAUCUCCACCCUCAGCAGAUCUAGAAUUAUUGGAGAAGAGAUUUGAAAUGUAUGAAGCUGCAGAAAAACAUGCAAAAGAAACUGGUGAAACAAGUAAAGCUAGACGAUAUGCUAGAGGAAAGAAUACUGUUAAGGAUAUGAUUAAACAAGUAAAAAGUGGGAAACCAAUUAAUAUAAAUGAUAUUCCACCUGAAGUAAAAAUUUCCAAAGCACAACCUGCUGAAAGUGAAGCAACUCCUAAAGAACCUAACAUAAUGGAAAUUGAACAUGCAGAAGCACUCCCAACACCUAGUAGCCCAGAAAAAAUAUCACCUGAAAAGGAAAUGGAUACUUCUCUGCCGUCUGUGGAUGAAAAUCUUUUAAGUCUCCUGAAACAAAGACACAUGCAAUAUAAAAUGGCAGCAUUGAAAGCAAAAAAAUCAAAUGAUGUUCAAUCAGCAGUCAGCUAUCUGAAAACAGCUAAACAAUUUGAACAUGUUAUGGAGGCUGUCCAGAAUGGGCAAGCAGUAGAUAUUUCUCAAAUGCCUGGACCUCCAGAAGUAGAAAGUCCCAAAGUAGAAGAAAAAAUGCAGCAAAGUACAGAAGUACAUGAAAGUACUCCUGAGGAGAAUGCACAAUCUCCGCCAGCAUCUCUAGGAGAAGCUCUUGCUCAAUGUGUAGAUUUCUAUAAAAAGCAGGAGGAGAAAGCCAAAUCCGAGGAAAAUGCUAGUAAAGCUCGUAGAAUCGGUAGAAUUAUCAAACAGUUUGAGCAAGCCAUAAAACAGAAUAAAGCGGGACGACCUGUUGCGGUGGAUGAGUUACCAGUACCACCUGGUUUCCCUCCUCUACAAGGUCCUAAGCCUGCGCCAGUAUCUACUGGUCCUGAUGCCUCUGGACCAUCAUCUGAAGCGUCAUCUCCUAAGCCAUCAGCUCCUAAACAUCAGUCAACUCGCAAUACAGGCAAUCAGAUUCCAAACAGUAGGGCCGAUCAACAAAUGCAAAUUCUCCUACUGAGGCAGAAACAGUUCAAGCAAGCUGCCCUGAAAGCAAAGAAUAAAGGUGAAUUAACGCAAGCUAAGGAGUUUCUACGCACUGCAAAAGGCUUCGAUAAACUGAUAGAAGCUGCUUCUUGCGGACUGCCUGUAGACUUCUCAACUUUGCCUUUGCCUCCUGAUGAAAAAUCGCAGCUUGAUAAAGAUAAGAGUCAAAUUUUGAUUAGAUUUGACAUGGUCAGUGCCGAUGACUGCCUAGAUGAUGAUCCGUCCAGCACAGACAUCCUCACCCGUCUCGAGCAUCAACUGCAAAAACAGCUAAAGAUGUGUCUCACCACCAGAGACCAUAACAAAACUCUUGGAGAUGUUGCCGGUACCAACAGGUUCGAACGACUCGCUCUUAACGUAACCAAAGAUUUAGAUGUGAUAAGGUUGGCUAAAAAGACACCAGGAGCUGGCGUUCCGAAGUUUCACUAUGAAAAUAAAGACUUUUCAGUUGUCAAGUCAUUCACAGAACUAACAGACAACGAAUUGGAAAUCGCUAUACUUAGAGGUAUCAACUAUAACACUGAGACUCCGAAAGAUAUUGAUACCUAUGUGAAAUUCUCGUUCCCGUGGCCCCAGGAAUCCCCUUUUACCGAGAAAACUGCAACCAUAAAGGACACGAAUAAUCCAGAAUAUGAUGCUACUUUCAUGGUGCCAAUAAAUAGAACUCAAAGAUCUUGCCAGAGGGCUUUCAAAAGACAUGCCGUUAAAUUUGAAGUUUACUCCAAAGGCUGCUGUUUGGGCGCUAGCGACUUUUGUUGUUGUUUCAGUGGCUGGUUCAGGAGUGAUACUCUGCUCGGCACUGUCACAGUCAAGUUGCAGAAUUUGGAAACUCAGUGCGAGCUCCACGAAAGCUACGAUCUAAUGGAUGGUAGAAAGAAAACUGGAGGAAAACUAGAAGUACGGAUGCGCCUUCGUCAUCCAAUUGUCACUCAAGAGGUGGAACAGAUCCACGAAAAAUGGCUGGUGAUUGGUAGUUGAGGAUGAUACCCCAAUAUUGAAACUAGUCAUUUAUAAAUUUAUAACCAUUGGUUGAAAGUAUGUGCGCAUAUGUGUGCAGAUAUCAAUGCUACUGUAUAGUUCUUUAUAUGAAAUCUUAGCUUUAUAGAUAGGUGCAUACAUUAUUUUAAACUAUAACUAUUUUCGAUAUUUAUAAAUAAACUAUUUUUAUGUUCA